AUGGAGCAUGUGAAGAAUAAUCAGAAGUCGAAUUCUCACAACACGCAACCAGUUCGAGUAAUUAAUGCAAUUCACGGUCAGCCAGAACCUGCUGAGGAAUCAGAUGAACUACUUCGAACACGCCUUCGUCAGGCACGGAUGAAGAGAAGGAUAGGCAGUACCCCUCAUGAGGACCCACUAGUCGUAAGUUUAACAGUGGCCAAAUGCUUGGUGCGCAGAGUUCUAAUUGACCCUGGAAGUAGUGCGAACAUCAUGCCAAGAGAUACAUUCAAUCAGCUCGAGAUCAAACAGGAUCAGCUGAAAUCUACCGGGAAUCCACUAUUAGGGUUUGAUGGAAAGCGAGUGGAGCCCGUCGGCACGGUGGAGGUAGCGGUACAUGCUGCCGAGAGGGUUUUGAUGGAAACCUUUGUAGUUGUUGAAAUUCAUCCCUCUUACAAUCUUCUGAUGGGCAGAGGGUGGAUCCACAGAGUUCGAGGUGUUCCUUCCAUUCUGCAUCAGGUAAUGAGAUGCCUGGCACCGGACGGAACCAAAGUGAUUGACAUUCAUGGAGACCAAGUUGCAGCAAAAGAAUGUUACUCUGUAACGAUGAAACAUGCCAGAAAGGGGAAAGCUCCCAUUCGUUCAAUCGAUCAGUUUCGACCAGAACGAACAACCAGAGUAGGGGAGCGACUCGUUGAGAAGGAAAAGUAG